UUUUAGUGUAACACAGCUCGGCAGUCAUGUCGGCACUGAAGUCGGGGCGCUCGCUGAUAGAUUAGUCACAAUUGAGUUUAAUGCAUACUGUAGAUUUUAUAUAUAAAGAUACAAUUAUUUGAGAUUAUGCGUUGAGAUAAAGCGAGGUAUUUGUUGCCGUGUUGAUUUAUUUUGAGAUCUUAUUUUGAGCCAUGGCAUCGCUGUCAGAAGAGGUUCUACUGGUGGUGAAAAAAGUUCGCCAGAGGAAACAGGACGGUACUCUUUACCUGAUGGCUGAACGUAUAGCCUGGGGUCCAGAGGGCAAAGACCGCUUCACAGUCAGCCACUUAUAUGCAGAUAUUCGAUGUCAGAAAAUCAGUCCAGAUGGGAAAUCCAAAAUUCAGCUGCAGCUGGUCCUUCACACUGGUGAGAGCACUACAUUCCACUUUGCCAAUGAGAGCAGUGCACUCAAAGACAGAGAUGCAGCGAAGGAGCUGCUGCAGCAGCUGCUACCUAAAUUUAAGAAGAAAGCCAACAAGGAACUGGAAGAGAAGAACAGGAUGCUUCAAGAAGAUCCAGUGCUCUUCCAGUUAUAUAAAGAUCUUGUAGUGAGUCAGGUGAUCAGUGCUGAGGAAUUUUGGGCCAACAGAUUUGGAGGCAUAAACAACACAGACCCUGCAUUAUGCAACAGUAAACAGGAAGUUGGUAUAUCUGGAGCCUUUCUGGCAGACAUUCGACCCCAGACAGAUGGAUGCAAUGGAUUAAGAUAUAAUCUGACUGCUGACAUUAUUGAAUCCAUCUUCAGAACAUACCCUGCAGUGAAGCAGAAAUAUAAUGAAAAUGUGCCUCAUAAUCUGACGGAAAAGGAAUUCUGGACCCGCUUUUUCCAGUCCCACUAUUUUCACAGAGACCGCCUCAACACAGGAACACAGGAUAUCUUCUCAGAGUGUGCCAAGCAGGAUGAAAAAGGGUUAAAAUGUAUGGUGGUUCAAGGAGUGAAGAAUCCUUUGGUCGAUCUCCUGUCAUUAGAGGAUAAAUCAUUAGAUGAGGGUUAUGGAGUUUGCACGACGGUUCCCUCAACUUCCAAUGCGAGCAGGACGCUAAAGGAGAGCAGCAAUUAUGCCAUUAUAAAGCGUUUCAACCAUCACAGUGCCAUGGUGCUGGCAGCAGGGUCACGCAAAGGGGAAACAGACCAAACUAGCGAGACGAGCAGUACAGAUGGAAACUCAAGGGAUUCUGACUUUUUUCAGCCUCCUGUAAAGAAGGUCAAAUUACAAGAAGCCAUAGAAUAUGAGGAUCUGCAAAGAGAAAACAGACCAAAAACGGUGGCAUUAAAUCUCAAAAAAUCAGACAGGUAUGCUCAUGGUCCUGUGCCACUUCAGUCCCAACAGUAUGCAACAAGCCAGGACAUCAUUGACUCAAUCAACUGCAUCCAACAGGAGAUGGCCAACUACAAGCCCAACCUCACUCAGGUGUUGUCCAGUUCAGCAGCUAGUUCUGCCAUAGCAGCUCUUUCUCCAGGGGGACUCCUGAUGCAGGCAGGAGCCCAGCAAGCCAUAAAUCAGAUGGUACCUUCUGAGGUUCAGGGAGAGCUGAAGCAUCUUUACAUAGCUGUUGGAGAGUUGUUGAGACACUUCUGGUCCUGUUUUCCUGUUAACUCGCCGUUUCUGGAAGAGAAGGUAAUAAAAAUGAAGUCAAACCUCGAGAGAUUUCAGAUGACCAAGCUUUGUCCUUUUCAGGAAAAGAUUCGGCGUCAGUACUUAAGUACAAAUCUCACCGGGCACUUGGAGGAGAUGUUGCAGAAAGCUUACAGCAAGUUUGACAUCUGGCAAACCCGUCGGAUGAUGAGGAAAACCUGAGUUCUGCUGGUUGAUCAUAAAGAGGACAAGGAAAACAUUAAAGUAUAUGGACAAAUGAACUGUGAUGGUCCAGACUGCUGUAAAGAGACUACAGAGCACAGUCUAAUGGACCACGGUUCAUAAGGAUGCAAUGAUGAGGAUAUAGAGGGACGCUGCUACAUCCCCAAAUUUUAGAAGAGACUACCUGCAUCUCAGUCACCAAUAACUGUUUUCAUUUAUUUUCUCAAUGGUUGAAAUAUUGGUGGCUGUAAUGGUUAAACAUGCCUUUUAAAAUGUCAUAACCAGACGGAAAUCGGAAAUAUGCUCUCAGGACAAGCAGCCGAGGUGUGAGAUGCAAGCAGAGGACUGUCAUCGGUGCACAGUGCCAAGACUGAGAGCUCAGGCGUACGAGGAGCUCCUCUGUCGAGUUCCUGGAGAUCUGAAGCCAAACGGGGAAGUGAAUAUAGCAAUACUGUUAAGACAUUAACGUACAAGUGCAUUAGUGUGUGUACGUGUCACUCAGAUCACACUCGCUGGUCUUCAAUGUCUGCACUGGACUCAAAAUUUAACCUGAAUAAAGUGACACUUAAAGUUUU